AUGUCGCAAGCCAUCAUUACUACACACCACGCCAACGACUUUCCCAAAGAGAAGUCCAACAACACAAUUGACCUCGAGCAAUCUGAGGGCGAAGUCAUCAAUCAAACAGAACGCAAACAUGAGCAUGCUCUAGAACAUGCCCUGACCGUGGAAGGCAACGAACGCUUCCAUCGACUUGGUUGGAAACGCCUCACAAUUAUCUUGAUCGUUCAAUCUGUCGCCCUCGGGAGUCUGAGUCUUCCUUCAGCCUUUGCAACACUGGGUAUGGUCGCAGGUGUAAUAUUAUGCCUUGGUUUGGGCUGCAUUGCGAUUUACGGGAGUUACAUGAUCGGUCUGGCAAAGCUUAAAUACCCGUACGUUGCUCAUUAUGUUCAUUUUGGACGUCUUCUCAUGGGUGGAUUCGGCGAGAAGAUUUUUUCCGUGGCUUUUGUCGCCUUGAUGAUAUUGACAGUUGGAUCUCAUUGUCUGACGGGCAAGAUUGCCUUUACCACAAUAGCUGGCAGCAGUGCGUGUGCUCUAAUAUUCAGUGCCAUAUCCGCUGUGAUCUUGUUUGUAUUUGCAAUUCCGCCCUCCUUUGCUGAAUUGUCAAUUCUCGGUUUUAUUGAUUUCGCUUCUAUCAUUGUGGCUAUCGGUGUCAGCAUCAUCUCGACGGGCAUUCAAAGCAGUUCCACCAUAUCGAACUGGUCUGCGUGGCCCAAGAAUAACUUAACUCUUAGCGAGGCCUUCGUUGCUAUUUCGAAUAUUGCCUUCGCUUACUCUUUUGCUGCCGCCCAGCCAUCUUUUAUGGAUGAAAUGCACAACCCGACAGAUUUUACAAAGGCAAUCGGCGCCUUGGGUGUUACCCAAAUGAGCAUCUACACUCUGACUGGGGCACUCAUUUACGCAUUUGUGGGACAGGAUGUUGAGUCUCCAGCCUUGCUUUCGGCAGGUCCUCUUAUUGCGAAGAUCGCAUUUGGAGUAGCUCUGCCAGUGAUAUUCAUUUCGGGAUCAAUCAACACUACCGUUGCUUGUCGUUAUAUUCAUGGAAAAGUCUAUGAGAACUCUGUGGUCCGCUAUGUCAACACCAUGAAAGGCUGGAUUACCUGGCUGUCAAUUGUUGCUUUGAUCACCAUUCUAGCUUGGAUAAUAACAGAAGCUAUUCCCUUUUUCUCCGAAUUGCUUUCUAUCUGUGGUGCCUUACUUGUCUCCGGCUUCUCGUUCUAUAUUCCUCCGGUCCUAUGGUUUUUCCUACUGAGAGAAGGGAGCUGUUUCAGCAAACGCAAUAUCCGUCAAGCAAUCUGCAAUCUCAUCGUUUUUCUUGUCGGUAUUUGUGUACUCGGAUGUGGUCUUUAUGCAAGCAUCACAGAAGUGAUUGUCAAAUUCAAAAAUGGAUCCAUCAGUCGGCCUUUCUCGUGCGGCGUCAGCGAGUGA